AUGAUUAUUCCUAAAAAGAUUUUGAAUGAGAUUGCUGCCAUUUGUAGAGCCUUCCUUUGGACAGGUCAGGCCUCUUCAACUAGACCAGGUCGUAUAGCUUGGGAUCUAGUGUGCAAUUCGAAGAAUUCAGGUGGUUUAGGAUUCAAGGAUAGUAGUGAUUGGAACAUUGCAGCUAUUGGAAAGUAUAUUUGGGCUAUUGCUGAGAAGAAAGAUAACCUUUGGGUUAAAUGGGUCCAUCAUGUUUAUAUCAAACAAGUAGAUUGGUGGGAUUAUAUUGCCCCUGUUUCAAGUAGCUGGUAUUGGAAGAAAAUUGUGGAAGUUAAAGAGAAAUUUAAAAAAUUGAUCUCAGUGCAGCAAGUCAAAACUGAGGGAUACCAGAUCAGCUAUGGUUACAACAUUAUACACACUGAUCUUGGCUUGGUUCAUUGGACCAAAGUGGUUUGGGGAAGAUUGAAUACACCUAAGCAUAGUUUCAUUUUAUGGCUGGCUAUUCAUGAUAGGUUGAAUACCAAAGAAAGGCUCAAAAGGCAUAGGGUCAUUGAGAAUUCUGACUGCUUACUUUGUGGGCUAUUUGAAGAGUCUUGUGAUCACUUGUUUUUCAAUUGUUCAUUUACCAUCAGAUGCUACCAACAGGUAUUGCUUUGGCUGAAUUGGAAAACUGAAUCAACUACACUGUUGAAAGUGACUCGAUGGAUUGAGCGUGCUAAAGUUAGUACACUUAGGAAGCAUGUUUAUUUGGCUGCCAUUGCAGCUCUGGUUUACCAGCUUUGGAGGGUGAGGAAUGAGGUUUUUUGGCUGGGGAAAUUUACUCAGCCUGAGAGGAUUGUACAGAAUACAAAAUUUAGUGUAAAAACUAGAAUUACAUAUAUCAUGCCAAAGAAACUUAGUCAAAAAAAUUUAGAUUGGUUUAGGAAUUUGUAA